CAACCUCGUUCUGGUGAGAAAUUUAUAGGAGUUGCCACGUUUUCAGGUUCGUAUUAGAAAAAGUUUCCCAGAGGGGCAUAGUUUUUGUUUGGUUAGAAUAUAUUUUGCAAUACGGCUUUAAUCCAAAGGAUUGUAAUAAAAGGAGUCAUUUUAAAUGGAAAAACACAACCCAGCAUCAGACAGCGAAGACGAAGCUUUUGAAAGUGCGGACGAGGGAGAGGUAGAUGACGGGCCUAGCCCUCCAAAAGGGCCAACUGCAUCGACAAUUAUGGAACAACAGCCUUUGGAAUCGUGUAACGCAUUAAAUAAGGAUCUAAAGGAUGAAAAAUCCGAAUCUAAAAAUGGUGCUGCUGAGUUAAAAGUAAGUGAUAUUGUUGAAAAAGAGAAAGAUGCUGGUCCUGAAGUUGACGAAGCUUCUCUGAGAAGUGACGACAAUGUUGGUGACAACAACGCUGACGAAGGUACUAAGAAAGAAACAGGCAAAAGUAAUUCAGAUCAUGCCCAGGAUGUUGAAGAAGAAGUAGCAAAGACUGAAAUUGUCGCUGAUAAAGCUGAUAGCACAAAAAGCCUCUCUUCUGGCGAGUUGGGGGAUGCCACGCCUGAGCAUAAAAAUGCUGACAAUGCCGAAGAACCAACUGAACCGUCAGUUGAUCUCAUUCACGACCUGCCAAAAGACACAAAUUCAGAGAUGCCUGUUUCACAGGCAAUGGAUAGACAGGCCAGUGGUUCAGAGGAGACCAAAGAAAGUGAACAGACAAAUACUGGAUCUAGUGGUUGGGGUUGGGGAGGAUGGGGUAGCAUGCUUUCAAAGGCAACCUCAUCUGUUUCAUCUGUGCUUGAAACUGUUGAAACUCAGCUGGGGAUACCAAGUCCAUCUGAAAUGGCUAGGUUAGCAACAGCCAAGAUCACAGAACAUACCAGCUCAAAUGAGAAAGAAAAGGGAAAUGAUGAAGAAACUAAUAAAGAAACUUCAGGAGAUAAGGAAACUUCUCAGCCAGAGGAAGGGGCUGGUACAGAAAGAGGACUUAGCUCUUGGCUCUCGGGACUUGGGGUGUCUCAAAUAAGUUCCAUUGUGCAAAAUACUGGGAAGGAAAUCGUUUCAGGCAGUCUUGAUGCUUUGGAGUUUGUGGGGAAGAAAACAAUAGAUGCAAUAUCUCAUGGUGACCCAGGCUUUAGACGAAAAAGGAUGACCCUUUCGCAAGCAUUACGUGAUGCCAAAGAAAAAGCACAGCAAAAAUCUGCGGAGGCUGUUGAGGAGGAAACCGUAACAUUUUCCAUCGAGUUUGAUAAAUUCCAAGGCCUGGCCCAUCUUGAAGCUCUUGAAAUGAUUUCACAUGAAAGUGAAGCUGAACUUGAGAAGCUUCUAGAACUUUCUGCAGAUGAAUCAUUGAAGGACAAAAAUGAACAGAUUGAAAUGUUGAAGGAAAAAUUCAAAAUAAUUGAAAACGAGGAUGAUGAUUCUGAAGUCGAGGCUAAUGGGAUCGACAAUUUCGAAGAGGUUGUUAUCGAGCAAAUAGCUUGUCUGUCCCUCAGCGUUACGCCAACGAAAAUUAUUAGUGUUUAUGAAAAGUCGCGGGCUAAAAGCGAGAAGGUAGAUGGCGAAACAGUUUCGACUGAUGAUCUUUUUUCAGACACGAUCAGUUGUUUUGCCGAGAUGACUGCUCGAUCCGUUGAACUUUUUCAUAAAAUUGGGGAAUUUAUGCUCUUACCUGACGUAAAGGCGUUGUUCCUCGUGAAAUCUCGUGCAGAUGCGCUGAGAACGAUUUGCAUCACGUUACGAUCGGCGGUUUCGACACUGUCAAAUAAGUUUGCCGCAACUUUGAAUGAAAGUGCGCCGGAGAAAGACGACAAGAUCUCAAAAAUGAUCACAGAUAUUUAUUUAGAAGCUUCGAAUAGUUCGGCGUACAUUAAUGACAGUUUUCAUCUCCUGUUACCAAUUUUCCAACUUUCGGUGGUUAAAAAUUCUUGAUUAGAAUACUUUGAAGACUAUUUGCGAUAGAUAAUAAACAAAUGCAGUUGGAAUUAAUCUACAUCUUGAAAGCCUUGUAAUAUGAUGGAUUAUCCACGACAAAAAUAUCUUUAUAACCCAAUCCUACCAAAGAUUUUCCCUUUUUAAAUCUUUGCCUUUUCCCAAUAGGUGAAACCUGAAAAUUUGGGUAGAUGCAAUGCCCGUGUGAUUUUCCUCACAAUACGUCAUUAUUGACAAGCAAAUCGACUCAGGAUCCAUCGCACAGAAGUUGCUUAAAGGUUGCUGAAGUCUUUGCACAUAGACCCAUAGUUCCAACGGACAAGUACCCCACCCCCACUCCAACCCUUUUGGAAAUCUUUAACUCAGAUAAGACGAUCAGCGAAUAAGUUUCAUCUCAUGCCCCCUUCGUCUCGUCCCAUGCUUCUUCUUCCUGCCCUUCUAAAGCCCCUCUUUCCUCGUUUAACCCAGCAAUCUAAAUACCCCAUAACUUAACUCUUAGUUUAACUUUAUAUUGGUAUUCGUAGUAAACGCUAUAUCCAUACUUGCUGAAACUGCUUUCGUUAUUUUUAUUUGUUGUUGAUGUUGAAAGUUUGAUUGGUUUCAGGAAAGAUCGAGUUCAAAUCUUUAUAAGGUUUGUCAAUAGAAAUAGUGUGAAAUUUCAAGAAUGAAAUAUGAAAUCUCCGACUCUUUACAUGUUGACUAGCCAUAUAAGUAACUGCUUUGAAUUAAUGUUAGUUUUUAAAUAUUUAAAUGACAAACAUAAUGUCCAGUUUUGUAAAAUAUGAGUUACAACUUGCUUUCGAGUUCUUUUCCGAAAUCCCUAGUUGCUGAUCGAUUUUCUAUAAGUAUUGAGUAAUUCAGAAGCGAAUGGUCCGAUUUGCGAUCAAAUGAGGUUAUAAAAUAUGGCUCAAUAGGUGAAUGAAAUGUACGAAUUAUUCGGUUAACUAAAGUAAUAUUGUAAGUUGCUCUCGUGCGCACUGCGUAAGUGGCGAUCCUUCCUGUUUUGCCUUUCUAAUGUAGAAUUGAGGCAAUUUUGGAUCCGGUUACAGAAUAUUUAUUCCGUGAUCCGGUUCCCAAAAACCUACAAUCAUUGCCAAAAGUCCUUGGAACACUCUGCAAUCAAUGAAAGAUUCUAAAACUUUCUGGCCGUAAGAUACAGA